UGGGUUUCGUUGUGCAGCGUGUACAUCAUUUCUACCAGAGAACAGAAGGAUUUAAAUCUUCCUGGAUAAGCUAUGUCGGUGUCUUCACCUUAAAAGACAAGAUUUUGGUGUGCAUUCUGUUUAGGAUACAUCACAGAUAGUCUGAGUAGCUGCCAAGACCUGAGGAUAACAUCAGACAUUCAUACGAAGUGUGGAUCGAAACACUACGGAUUUCCAAGUAGGAUGUAACCGAUUCAUUUCGCUUGGACAUUCUCAGAGGCAAGGAUGCGGUGGAAGCCCAUUGACCGGGCUCUUCUGGGGAUCUAUCUGCUUGGCUUGGUGACGGGAGUUGUACCAUGGGGUGAACCAGAUCAUGCCUACUACGACCCGGAGGACAUGCAGGGUGUCAACUUCUUCUCCUCGGCGCAGAAGGUGACUGCUGGAGACACGGCCGUCCUUCACUGUAGCUUCGACGCUAUGCCUAGACAGUACAUGCUGCUUUAUGGAUAUGAUAGUCUCGUGCUGGAAUGGGUUAAGGUCGAACCAGACGGAAGGGGGAAAGUGAUAGCAGUUGGCAACCGGCUCCGAACGCUGGAUGCCAGGAUGCAAGUCCUCAAAGUCGCUCACCAUCGAGCGUUGUCCAUUCUCAUAAUUCGUGACGUCAGAAAGGAAGACGCGGGAAAGUAUCGGUGUCAUCUUAGUUUGGCGACGAUGAGGCAUAAAUAUUUCCAUUUAGAAGUCGUAGAGCCGACGUUGAGCCUCCAGCACAACGACACCAAGGCAAACCUAAAGGAGGGAGACAAACUGGUUCUUUAUUGUAAUACCAACGGUUACCCGCCGCCGAUGGUUUACUGGACAAGGCGAAUAAAGCACGGGAGUAACCACUGGUCAACCGGGGACUAUUACAUAUGGGGCAAUUCAAUAUCAAUUGACUUCCUCCAGCAGUCAGAGAGCGGGACGUACUCCUGUCAUAUUGACAACUUCGUGUCAAAACGUGUCAAGAUUGACUUUGAUAUAACAGUCUCAGUCGCACCCCAGUAUCUCCAGGUCUACCAAAAUGGCAUCAACGUGGGACAACUCAAGGAUGGACCUUGGUGGCCUCUCCCAGAAUACAACCGAGCAUUCACAUUGAUGUGUCAAACGCAGUGUAAAUCGCCGACGGAUAUUUUGUGGUACAAAGACGACACACAGAUUCUCGGACAACCAGGAGAGCAUGUGAAACUCAGAGUCCAGAAGAGCCGGCAUCGACAUAUAAAGUCCGAACUAAUCUUCCAUAGGUUUAAGCGGCGUGACCUUGGGAACUACACGUGCCGGGCCCAAAAUCUGGCGGGACAUCUUCAGUACACGUUUGAAGUUGACAAAUUGAAGGAAUGGCCUCCACCAACCACACUAUGGCAGGACAGGCACAGCACCCCCUGGAAAUAUCCACGGCUCCACAAAGUGGACACUGACGACGAGGACAUCAACCGCGGGGGCUCGGGUGAUGGAGCGGGACAAGGGAGCGGCGACAAACAAGAGGAACCUGGGCAAGAGCAACAGAUCAUCAAGAUCACAGCGCCACCUGGGCUGAUGUCUCGGAACGACCCCAUCACGCCAACGCCGCCGGAUCCAUUCCAUAGCAAUAUACAUUUUCAACAAAUCGACAAAGAUAAGUUGACCAAGGAUAAUAAAGCAAAGGACAAUGCGGAUACUGCAGAGAAUUAUAUCCGACCCGCGGCAGAUGCAGCGUGGUCAGGGGACGGAUCCACAGAAACCAUGGACGACCCGGAUGAUGAAGAUCUACACAUUGGCAGUGGUCACCAUGGCAACUAUGGGAAAUAUGGUAAACAACAUGACGAACAUCAUCCAACAGAAAACCAUGGCGAGAUGUAUAUAUGAUACACGUCGGCUGUGUUUUUAUUUUGUUCUAUUUUGACCUGGGGGCUUCUGGAGGUGAAAGGCCAGAAAUCAUUGACCCUACGCCUUCUUGGAUGUAAUAGGUUGCAUCGAAAUGUACAAUGUAUGAGCAUUCAGACUUAGUUUGCUAAUUCGAGACAUAAAAAGAUACCACCCAAAAAAAAUCAAAUUCUAUUCAUUUACAAUGACGUAUAUAUACGUCAUUUGCUAACAUGCUUAGGCCUAUUCAUGACGUGUAAAACACAAAUCAUGACGUAAAAAAGCCAUGACGAAAGCAUCCAUCAUAACCAUGUAAAGCAUGAAGACAUUCUUGACAUCUAGGUUCUUCACAUCCACCUAAAUUAAGACGGCGUUGUCGGCAGAUAGGCCUAGUUGUUACAGAGGAUGUCGAGGGCAUCAUCAUAAAAUAUUACAAAUAAUAUAGCUAAGCAUAUAAUAUUCACAUCAUAAUAGCAUAAAUCAUCAUUGAAAUUUUGAAUGCCAAGUUUAGUUUAUUCUCGGAUUUGUUUCGGCUGUACUGUAUGUGCUAUCCAAAUAAUAUCAUGAAAACUGUAAACAUUUUAAAUGUUAAACCUUUCGCGAGAGAUAUGUCAUGCAAUGAUAUUAAAAUUGGACUUGAAUUGAAAAUACUGCAAACUAUUUAAUACUAACAGGGAUAUUAGAGUAGGAUAGAAUAAAACCACAGACUUAAGCAUUAUGUCAACUAAACGCCGAUAAGGGCGCAGUAAGACGCUUCAAAAUUCGGAGAUGUAACGCUUUCUCCUAAAAAUCACACGAAGGGGCCCAUAACGGCACGCAGAAUUAACCCCUCAUGAUAAAAGAGAUAUCAUUUAAACAAAGGAGAAAAUAAAACGAUUACAUGCAUUGCCAACGUCAGUUAGUGCCGUGACGUCAUUGCACAUCUUGCGUUCUCCUAACGGGUGAACAUGUAACUACUGAGACUAACAUUUUGUUUCUUUGCCCGAUCUUGUAUCAAGCAAUGCACUUUACCGCAAUUGUUAUACGUUGUUUUCUAAUUGCUAAUUGCUUGGGCGACACACGCUUGCGGAGAUGUUUAAGUUAUUUCUUCUACGCGCCAAAAUCAUGAAUCUGGCUCAAUCUAUGGGCGCCGCCAGAGGGGUUGGAACACUGUCUUUCUCUCUACUCCGAGACGGAUGCACAGCUUCUGACCCAAAGAUGCGUCAAGACGACAUAAAUCCAAUAGAGGGAGGUGUCUGACCAUCACACGCAAAACUAUAUUCAGAUUUUUCUGAGCAUGGUCAUCUUUGAAAACCUGGCGACGCCUAUUUCUCAUUUAUUUUACUCAUUCGUAAUAGUUAUCUUGUCUUCUCCUGUGAUUGAUAAAUGAUUGGUAAGCUGUAUAUUGCUUCUUUUAGUGUAUAGUGUAUAGUGUGUAUGUAUAUCUGUACAUCAUGAAUACUGCACACUGAUUUGCGAGGCCAGUUUAGAAUAGACCUAUUUACAGAAGAUACAGAAGAGACAUGUACGUACAACAAUAAAUUCUCACCGAAUGGAAUGCGCACUGCACGCGACGAAAUUGAGAUCGAAAUAGAACCCUGGAUGCACUGGGUUUGAUAUCAAGCAACAAGCUUUGAAAGUACUAUUCCCCCAGCCCGACCAUGUAACAGCUGAAGGACAGUUUCUUUUGAACCGGCUGCUCCUGAUUGCGCGAUGAUGACCGCUCUCUGAAAUGGAAUGCUAUGACGCAUCGGCAAUACAUCCCGAAAGUGGUGGCGACGCGCAAAUGCGUGUCUUUCCUCACGAGAAAGGGUCUUCACGGAUAUCACUGUGAACCCUUUCGUAGGAGUGUAAUCAACAACUCACCCAAGGAAAACUCUCUGCCUGCGCCUCCUCGGAAAAACGUUUUUCCGUCUCUUAUUUCUGUUGGCCGUUUUUCUGAGGGAUACCGAGUACGUGCAUUUUUGAUUUCUCAGUCCAACCUAACAUAAGAUUACUAUAAACUUGGUUAGGAGCCGUCACGACUCUAAGGCGCAAUCGGCUGCAUUGUAAUGAAGCACAUGUAGUUAUAACGCACAGAAUUGGCGCUGAACACACAAAGUCGUGGCAGAUCAUGAAGGCUUUUACGGUACUUCUUGGCCACAACUGCCAUAUUUCUCCUUGUUUGUAUUGUUAUUUCUAUUAAUGCACCACUAGUACACUGCACUUUGUUGGUGUUGAUGGAUGUCUAAUAAGAAUUGUCAUGUUAUAUUGAUAUAAUAAAAUGUGGUUUUGUAGAA